GUCAGCUUUACGCACACCGACGCGAGGCGCUCUGCAAACUUGGUCAAACUUCGAGGAGCAGCAACUGAACUCCACACGAUGGCAAAUCAAGCGAACCCGUGCCCUUGUGAUAUUGGUGAUCGCUUGGAGUACGAAGGUCUCGGCCAGGAGGUCCAGAUAGAGCACACCAAUGGAUAUGUUGUGAGACCAUCUGCUCCAUCUGAUAAAGCCAUUAUCGUAAUUCACGACAUCUACGGGUGGCACCUUCCCAACACCAGAUAUAUGGCUGAUCUGCUGGCAGCCAAUGGAUACAUUGCCGUUUGCGCAGACUUCUACCCUGGAAAGGGCUCCUGGAACCCCUCGGAUCCCUGGGAUAAAUUUCAGGAGUGGCUGGCAGACAGGCUGCCAACAAACAUCAACAAAGAGGUCGAUGCCAUUCUGAGGUACCUGAAGGAGCAGUGUGGGGCCAAACACGUUGGCGUUAUCGGGUUCUGCUGGGGAGGAGCUGCCACACAUUACCUGGCCUCAAAUUAUUCAGAGAUCAAAGCUGGAGUGUCGUUUUAUGGGAUCAUCAGGAACAUUGACGACAACUCUGCCAUGCUGAAGAGCCCUACACUGUAUAUCUACGCAGAGAAUGACGACUACAUCCCCCUGGACAAGGUGAAGGCCCUCGAGGCCAAGUUGAAGGAGAAAUGCAGCGUAGAUUAUCAGCUGAAAAUAUUUCCUGGACAGACUCAUGGGUUCGCCCACCGUAAGAGAGAGGACGUCAAUCCUCAGGACAAAUCCAGCAUCCAGGAGGCCAGGACAGACAUGCUCAACUGGCUCAACAAGUACAUGUAAACCAGAAGGCCAGAGACGGCAUGAUCACAUGGAUGUGAGAUAAAUUGGUGUUAUUCAGUAAUCAACACCUUAUCAGAAGUAAUGACUGUUAAUCAUUUGAUUAUUUCCACUUCUAACACUAAACAUUUUGCAUUUAUAGGAAUUGUGAUAUUCACAUUGAUGGAAACUAACAGAUGCCAAUUUCUUUUUUGCACUUGCUUAGACCCUCGAUACAGUACAGUGUUUCUUUUUUCAAUGUUACUGUAUUAACCUUCCUUGGAGAAAUUUCCUUACUGAAUUGACCCACUGGUGGGCAGCUGGUUUGACUUUAACCUGACCAAAAUCAUCAAAUAAACUAAUGAAUGAG